AUGCACUCCUCUUGUGUAUCUAUCUUCGCUGUCCUCCUUGUGUUCAGUGCUUUCGUCCAAGCCCAUUUCGGCGACUGGGAUGAAGGUUGCACGACAUUGCAAUGUCAACGCGACUCCUUUUUUAUGAAAGAGCUUGAAAAACUCGGUGAAAUGCAGGUUGAUUUGACAAAGAUGCUUUUCGAAAUCCAGAACCUCAACUUGCAGGAAGCCUACCUGAUGGGUUACCAAGGCGCUGCAAUGCAAAACUCUCACGUGCAGCGAAAUCCCCUCCCAUAG